CCGAUUUCUGUUAUUUCGCAUACCGUUUCCUGGAAUUACGACCCCUACACAAUGAGCACCAUCGUCUAGACGCGAUCAUGACCGCGCAUGUGAUUCCGACCGUCCUAGAUCCCCUCAAUGCAUCCGCGCUGAACAGACUCCCCGAAGCGGCCCAAACGCUAUCCAAGAAGCGGAAAUUUGGCCAUGACGCUACUGCUGGACAGAUAGCUAGUUCUUCUAUAGUGAUCAGAGCCCACGCCGCUUCACUAUCCGAUGAACCACUCGUUCUAGAUCGCAUUGCAGCACUUCCCCGCACCAAAUUACCGCUCUCAUGGCUUGAAGACACGUCAUGGUCACAUUCUGACACGCAGCCGGGCGGCUUAUUCGUCGCCGAUAUCCCCGCCCUAGAAAAUGAAUUAUGUGCUUGUGCAGAGCCUAUCGUACUUGCCGUGCGGCUGGUCGCUGACGGCAGUCUCUAUGUGGUUGAGCGGGUGAAGAGGGGUAUUUACUCGCUCACUAGGCUUGCACGAUGGGUGCAUGAGGGUGAUAUUGUGGUUGCCGUGAAGGGCUGGCAAGGGUCUCCACGAGCGGUAGAUAUGGACGUUGAAGUUGAGAAGUCUCUACCUGUUCCGGAUGCUCUCAAUUGGUGGCAGGCCGCGCGGAUUGAAGAGCCGCUUUCUGAUCUCGGGUUGGGAGAUGACUUCGCUGGGCUACAGGUUGAUGUUAUGUUCGAGGAUGAGGUGGACACUGAGACUGUUGCACCUUCUUUCGUCGAUGUACUCGAGUUCCGAGGCAACUCUCUUGCUCCUGUCUCAAAAAAUACGAAUAUUCACAGAGAGGCUUCAUUUGCACCCUCCGAGUCCCAGGGCAUGGGGCUUACGGAAGCGAUGGAUGUCGACAUCACAGACAACAAUGGCAUUGACGUGAAGCAGUCGCCCGAAGAGCUGCUUGAUGGAAUGAGAGACCAUUACUUGCAAGCUCUCUACAUCUCAAAAACAUCUCUGGCCUACUUUGCUAAGGGUCCUAUGACCCGCUGUCGUACUGCUAUUCAAUCAUCAACCUCUGAAAACUCCCAGGCAUCAAGCGGACUAAUUGAGUUUUACCGUGAGGCUAUUCUGGCUGCUAAGAAAAUGGACCUCAAAUACCGAGAAGCUUUGCCAGCGGCUGUUCGGGAAGCAGUGCUCGCCGUGUCUGAUGGGGAGGGUGGUAUAAAGAAGCGGAAGAGCAAAAAGAAGAAAAUGAGCAAGAAUGGUCUGUAUCCUGAAGAGAACAGCUUCAUCCAUAAGUGGUGGAAGGGGCGGAGCAUGAAUGAAACAUCUACGCACGAGGUUUCACGGGAAGCAGAGACCAAAAAGCACAUCUCUGACCUUCGAUUGCGUGAAAUCCAGCUGCAAAUACUUCUCAUCUUGGAAGUGAUGGCUUUGGAGUCGACUCUUGCCAUUGAGAACAAGGACGGGGAACCCACAAAGGAGACUGAAGAUAAGGGCUCCACCAAGAAGCCCAAACCUAAGAAGCCUCAAGAUUUGAACGUGCUCCUUGAACUGCAUCUUGACCGGCUGUGCAUCUGGCAUGCUGUCGGUCUCGAGGAAUCUUCGACUGCCGAAACAGCAAGAACAUCAGCUUUCAACGAAGGCCACAUGUCUGGAAAGAAGGUUGAGAGCGAUGCCGUGCGCGAUUUCUGCACCGAGGUUAUUAUUCCAUUUUAUGCAGCCCGCUUGCCAAACAAAUGCAAGUUGAUCACUCGCAAAUUCGGCGUAUCUGGUGGUGUCUCACCAGCAGCCAAGAAGUCAUCAAACAAAAGAGAGCGUCCAGGGCCAGGGGCCGAAGUCAAACGACAAGCGCCGACUCAGAACAUCCGCCGCUCGUUACAGCGCGUCUUGACUGAUGAGAAGGCGGCGGCUGCAUCUCAAAACCGACAUCCAUCUCUACAUCGAUCUAAUACUGCACCAAGCAAGCAAGAGACUAUGCGUGACUCUAUGGAGCCCCUGCUUCCUACUGUUCUGUCAGGGAAUGUGCGAGGUGGAAUCCAAGUUAAGCGCGUGGAAAACAGGGAAGUUGAUCUAAAUGCAGCAGCUCGCCAACACGAGAGUAAACUUCGAAAGGUUCAAAUGUUGGCCGACCAGAAGAAGGAGCUCGAUGCUGCCAUUCACGCUCUGCGCAAACCAAACAGAGAGAUGGUCGCCAAAGACAUUGCCGAUGAUGCCACCAAACGGGUUUCCACUGGAGGUAGUUCCCGGAAGCCGAAGAACCCCGUUCGUAAUCCCUACGGCCAAGGCGUUCAGGUCAUGGCAACGCCCCGUGGCAAUCGCAAGAAGGAUGCGGUCGUGGGGAUGCCUCCACUACCUCGAAGCCUCAAAUCUUCCAGAUCUUUUGCUGGGGAAAUAGAAAGUCGUUCCCUAGCCGAAUCCCCAAUUAUGAUCCCGUCUUCGAGCCGGCGGGCAAUUUCAUUCUCCGGGCCUGACUCGAACCCUUUCAAGUCUCGCCAUGCCGUUGACACAAGCGACAGUGGGCGACGACAGGCCCGGCCAGCAGAGCUUGGGUCUAUCCAAGAAACACCCACCCGACCCCCUCCCAAUAGGCUAUUGUUUGACACCAACAAAACCGGCAGCACAGAUUUCCGCCGAGUAUCCUCAUCCGCAAGCAAAGGGGCAGACCUGUUCCGAGUACCUCAGAUUCCAGAGCCUCGUGCAAACCCUACGGAGCCGAUGGCUCCUUCGACCCCAGUUUCAUCCCGCCGUAAACCGAUCAACCCAAUGUCUACACCCGAGGUAUCACGGCCUCUUAGCCAGGUUUUCGAAGGUGCUCGCUCCUCAAUGAUCAUGGAAACACCACCCAAGCAGCAUGGCCCAGAAACCAUGCCUGCCCCUCGCUCUAUUCCCGCAGCUCCUAAUUUUCCGGUAAUGGGCAUCCGCAAUACUCGUCCACCAUCUUCGCCAGUUGUGCUCGGCACACCAAUCAAGAGUGCCGCUGUCAUUCCUGUGACGCCAGACAAAUCACAAUCCAAAUCGAUCUAUGACCAGCUGGGCUGGGAUGAUGAUGAUAUGGACAUGAUGUAG